UGCCGUGUUGCGAUGCAAAUUUUCUUCGAUUUGUUUACGCCGCUUUUAUUUGCUUGAAUUUGAUAACCGCGACAUGGCGACCAACUAAAAUGAUCGCCUGCAUCGCACCGAAGGAUCGAAAUAACCAAGAGAUUACCGGCAGCUGACAACCCUGUCUCCGCACUCAACCGAAAAGAAAAGGAGAGCCACUCAAAAUUUAACUCGAUUUCUGGCAAUUCGGCUGCUUAACUGUAAAUAGCGAAGCGCGCAACUGUAAAUCGCAACUGCAGUGAUGAGUAAAACCGAUCCGGUGCGCCAAGUGCUCGCCAAUCUGAUUUUCGAGACUCAGGCUCCCUAUACGCCGGACAGCAUUCUGCGAGAAUUCCGGGCCACCCAUGAGAAGCGUCUGCCAAUCCACGAGCUGCUCCAGGUGCUGGUGAUCAUAAGCCGGAAAAGACCCAACUUCGAGCAGGUGAUCACCGAGAUCAAGCAGAUCCUGAAGAGUAAGGAUCCCAUGUACGCACUGCUCGUCUUCGCUGAACGAUAUAGUGAAGACGGUCUACACCUUCGGUCCAGUCCGUUGAGUAAUGAGAUGGCGUCAUUAGCAACCUCGCCGCUGCCGAGCAAGUCCUCGCUAAGCACAUUGUCGGAAGUCCACGCCUCCGCUUCCUGCACCUCCCGAGGCAGUCUCGUUGACGAGCCACAGGGUAUCGCUACUUCGACACCGUCGAAGUCCUGCGAAUCCGAGACCGCCUUCAGCAAAGGACUCAUCCCUAGGCGUCGCCAGUUGCAGUCGCAACGGAGCCAAGGUUCAAACAGGGAGGAGCGCGGCGAUUUGAGUGUGAUAAAGGAGCGGGUGCUGAAUGCCGUGUCUAACCGAUCGAUGAGCAGCUAUCGUACCCUGACCAGUGAAGCCGCAAGCGGAAAAACGUCAAGCAGCCUCAAGACAGGAACGCCCCCUGCGGUGCCGCCGACAGGCGUGCCCGACGAAUAUCGCACCCAUUUGCUUUGGGACUACUACAAGGUGGACGGGAACCAGAUGCCGAAGACGGAGAUCGCAGCCCUGCCGCUUGUCAGCCAGCAGCGAGUGAUUCUCGAUGAGCUGCUGCAUUGCCUAACGGGAGUGCGCGAGAACUUCGUUGUUCCCGUUCUGCCCGAUCCAUCUAGCGUGGGCCUGGCCAGGUUCGAGACGGUUUUCGUCGUAAACACGCAUCUAGACCGCUCACUGGCGGAGCUAGUGCAGGAAAUCUUGCCAUUGGCCUCGCACUUCAUGGGCAUCCAGAAGAUCGUCACAGCCACCGACGGCCAGGGUCAGGUUAUCAACUCGCUGAAUGAGGCGCUGCAGGAGCUUACCUACGACUUCUACCUGUUGAUCGUACAGGCCGAACAGGAGCUGCACCACCAGCAGCUGACAAUACAGAAACUGCUCUACUACCUGCAACCGACGCUCUGGGUGAUGGAGGAGGUCUGGACGACAUUGGUGGACAUUCAACUAAACGAGGACCGGGGUGCCGCAGUGCUGACGCACCUGCACGAGCGGAUCAAGCGGCUGGAAGGCGACCGGGCGGCUCAAAAACUGAUCAUCGGGCUGACGCGCAAGGCGGCUGAGCCGUAUAUGCGAAUGCUGAAGCUGUGGAUCCAAAAAGGCGUGAUCGUUGAUCGCAACCAAGAGUUCCUCGUGGAGGACAACGAGGUGAUUCAUCGCGACGAGCUGCCCGAGCACUAUUCGGAUGACUACUGGGAAAAACGCUACACCGUUCGCCGUGACCACAUACCAGCGUUCCUUGAAAAGUACUCGGACAAGAUCCUGCGCACCGGCAAGUACCUUAAUGUGGUCAGGCAGUGCGGCAAGCGAGUGAUGCCCACGCAGCAAAUGCACCUUGAGUUCGACCCGAACAGCGAGCGCUACGUUUCCGUUAUCAACGACGCCUACUACUUCGCCGCGCGCAUGCUGCUGGACGUGCUGCUGGCGGAGAACGACCUGAUGGGCCACCUUCAGUCGGUGAAGCGCUACCUUCUGCUCAACCAGGGCGACUUUACCAUGCAGUUUAUGGACGCAUGCGAGGACGAGUUGUCAAAGAACGUAGAUCAUGUGCUGCCCAUGACACUGGAAAACCUACUGGGGCUUACACUGCGCCUAUCGUCCGCCCGCAACGAUCCGUACAAGGACGAUCUGCACUGCGAGCUGCUGCCCUAUGACCUGGUCACGCAGAUGUCGAAGAUUAUGAACCAGAAGGAAGAGUACUGGCAGGCACAGCACCGCCUUGACCUCAGCGGCAUUGAGUGCUUCGCUUUUACCUACGAGGUGAAGUGGCCCGUCUCGCUGGUUCUAAACCACAUCGCCAUCUCCAAGUACCAGAUGCUCUUUCGACAGCUCUUCUACUGCAAGCAUGUGGAGCGUCAGCUUUGCAAGAUUUGGAAGGAAAACGCUAUUGCGAAAAAGUUCUCGCCGCAAGCGGCUGAGCUUUAUCGGUCGGCGUUUACUCUGCGCCAACGCAUGAUGAACGCCAUCCAGAACCUGGAGUACUACAUGAUGAUAGAGAUCAUCGAGCCCAACUGGCACAUCUUCAUCGAGAAGAUGAAGAAUGUGGAAAAUGUGGACAACGUGCUGCGACUGCACCAGGACUUCCUCGACUCGUGCCUCAAAAACUGCAUGUUGACGGAGUCGUCGCACCUCAACCGUGCCAUUUUCAAGCUGUGCAAGAUCUGUCUUAAGUUCUGCGAGUUUAUCCAGCGCUCGCAGCGUUUCUUCCUGGACGCCGAGCUCAAGUCAAUGGUAUGUGAUAGCACCUACGACAGCGCGGACAGCUCCGAAUCCGAACCGGAGAGCUCGCAACGGCCCCAGUGUGAAACAUCUUUGGAUCCAGCGGAUACUUUUUCGGAGCGGGUUAGGCGUUUUGAUCUAGAAUUCACCGCCUUGCUUAUUUCGUUCCUUACGCAAAUCACAAAUAUGGCCAAAAAGAACACCGCCGAUCGUUUCAUGAAUCUCGUGCACAGAAUCAACUUUAAUGCAUUCUAUUCCGAUCAAAUGGAUAAGCUUUGUGUGAAGGAUGCCAUGGGCUAAGCCAAGUCUUCGAACAAAAAGGAUAUGGAAGGCAGAAAAGACAAGAAUAAAGUAUUAGAUAAAUGAAUUUAUUAAUCAUGAUUCACACAUUUUUCUCAUCAUUCCCGCAUGUCUUCUAAUUUGCCAUCCAACUAAGCACACAAAUUGUUUUUCGUUUAGUUGUAAAAAUCGAAUUCUAAUAUUUAUGUUUUAAUAAACCCAAUUAAAUUGUC